CAUCAGCUAGCGGAAUCGUAUGUAAUUUUGGAUAGGUCCAGUUAUUAUGUUGUCACUUACACUGCCGGUAGGGUAUGCUUGCAGGGAGACGUAGUUAGUUGAUAGUAGGAUUGUUUUAGAUGGCAACUAUGCCCAAAAUAAACGUGCCGAGAGCGUCUUGUAAACGCGCCUUUAAGCCGCACGGACGGAAGCCCGCGCUGCCUUCAUGUUUCAACCGAAUAGUGACCUCGCGUUCCGCGCCAGGCGAGGAUAGCCCUAGCGCUGCGGGCGCUGCCCUUCGCUUCGUGCAAGCGCUAGCGGCUUCAGCGAUCCUAUUGGGAGCCAAUAGCAACCCGGCGCUCGCUGUCCUGAACUCGCCAAAUGCGCAAAUUGCACGGAGCGUCGACUCAGCGCUUCGCAGGUCAAUACCAGCAUUCAAUACAGAUGUAAAGGAAAUACAACAGAGCCUCGAGGAUGUGCAGUACUUGCUGCGCAUUCCACAGCGCAAGCCCUGGGGCAGCAUGGCUGCCAGCGUCACCUCUGCCCUCUCGCAAGCCACGCAGCAGCCCGCAGCCCUGCUCGCGGGCGUCCCUCCCGCCUCCCUGCCAGCCGCCCAAGCCCAACUCGACGCCCUCACAACCUCCCUUCAGAAGCUGGACCUAGCCAUCCGCACCCAACAGUCGGACGCCGUAUCCCUUCGGGUCGCAGAAGCCCUAGAAGCGGUUUCGGAGCUGGAACUGCUCCAGGCUCCCGGACUGCCGUACGUGAUUCCUAAGGAGUACCGCUCGUUGCCACGGCUGGUUGGGCGGGCAGUGGUUGAGAUGACCGUUGCGAAGAGGGACGGCUCCCCGGCCUUCACGGACGGGGAAGCAGGUGGCCAGGUAGCCAGGGCCAAGGUGACCCUCACGGUGGACGGAUACAGCGCGCCUGUGAGCGCAGGCAACUUUGUACGGAACGUGAUGGAUGGAUUGUACGACAACAGGCCCCUGCAGGUGAACUACACCUCGGUGUUCGUAACGGCCCCCGCGGCCCAGCAGCGGCCGCCCAUCCCGCUGGAGAUCCUGCCUGCAGGUGAGUUCGAGCCCCUCUACCGGCUGCCGCUGGACGUGCGGUCCGGGGAGCUGCCGGUGCUGCCGCUCUCCAUCAGCGGCGCCGUCAGCUUUGCGCACCUGCCCUCCGGCGACCCGUCCUACCUUUCGGGUAGCGACUGGUUCGUGUACAAGUUCGACAAGCAGCAGGCGGGGCUGGCGGGGCUGGCGUUCGACGAGGGCUCGUUCGGAGUGUUUGGGUAUGUUACGGAGGGCAUGGAUGACCUGGUCCAGCUGGGGCCGGGAGACGUGAUCCUGAGCGCCCGGGUUGUGAGCGGCGCUGAGAAGCUGCUGCUGCCCUCCGGAUCCUGAGAUGACGCGACACCGCUCAGUGUGGAUGCGCACGAUACCCUGGAAAGCAAUCCAGGAAGCAAUUCUGGAAAGCAAUUCUGGAAACAGCAGCCGGGCCGCGCAUGAAGGGGGAACGAGGCCAGGGAGGAUUACGUCGCCCUCAUCAUUGUUGAGGAACCAGGAUUGCAAUGGUUGACGGACCCACCGGGUUCCCGCUCUUCUCGCUAGGGCUCCUGACCUUCCUAGACAAACCAUAGACCGGGCUCCAACAGCGGGACCUUGAGGCAGCACACCAGCUGCGCUCCGGGAGCAGCGGGCGUCGUUUAGGCGCCGUACGUUGGGGGCCUGUCCGAUGACACACAAGGCCAGUGGAAGGAGCUGUUCAGCUGUUCCCUUGUGUAGCGGAAUUUUCGGGAACCUUGGCUGUGGUAGGGCAGCACCCGCAACCCAUGUGUGGUGCGCUGCCUGCAUGUGUAGAUAGGAGUGUUGCCAUGUGCUAGUUGGCCAUGCAUGUGCAGAUCAAGUCCUUGUGUGGGCAGGGGCUGUGGGUACUGUGGUGGUGGCUGAGAGGGCAGGGUUGGUGGACAGCAGACAUGCACAGGUAGAGGACUGCAGCUGCGUGGAUGAGGGAAGACGUAUACCGGUACAGCCAGACAAACACAGUUGACGUGCCAAUGUGCGAGUAGGCAGGAGGAGUAAGCACCAGGGACUGCCCUGAACCCUGAACGCGUUCAAGGGGCAAGGACGGUUUCCAAGACCA